UGUGAAAUAUCUGCUCCGGCUUAUUUUGAAUUGUAGUUUUUCGUAAAUAAUCGCAAUCUAUGGCGUCUAAUAAGGAGUGCCUAAUCAUCGUGCUGGAUAUCCGACUCAGCGCUGCCGAGGAUGUUAAGCUGAAAUCCGUCAAAUGUGUCGCAGAGAUUCUGAAGGAUAAAAUCGUCUGCGACCGCAAGGACCACGUGUCCUUUGUCCUGGUGGGAUGUGACCGCACCGAAAACUCUUUAAAUGCUCCCAACAUAGUGGAGUUCGGGGACCCGCAACUUUGCAACUGGGACCUUUUGUUGAAGCUCUUUAAAUUCGUAAACGAAACCGCAUCUGAAGAGGGUGAGUGGCUUGAAGGAUUAAACGUCGCACUGGCUCUGCAGGAGAAGGGUUUGGCGUUGAAGCCUCAGAGGCAAAGGAUACUCCUGCUGUUCGACUUCAAUAAUAUGCCGCAGGACUACAAUAAGUUCAACACCAUCACGGACAACCUGCUCGAAGCAGGCAUUGAACUCAUUGUGGGCUCCCACAACGUAUCCUAUAUCGAUAAUGCCGAGACCGGAACGCCGCAGUCCAUUUUCAACUUUUCCCGAAAGUGUGGACCCCACGAGCUGGAAAAUCAGAAGUACGCCCUUAACCUGGUGCCACGCUGCAACGCAACCCUGUGCAGCUUCAAGGAGGCAUUACGAUCCGUAUUCAAAAUAACCAAUCGGCGACCCUGGGUGUGGAACGCCAAGCUGCACAUUGGCAGCACGAUCAGCAUUCAGUUGCAGGGCAUGAUUGCCAUGAAGAACCAAACACCGGUUAAACUGGAGAAAGUCUGGGCUGCGGAUAAUGAGGUGGUAACUCGCGAAACCCGGUACUUUCUGAAGGGCACCGAAGUGAAGCCGCUACCAGAGGACCUGGUGGCUGGAUAUAUGCUUGGCGGCACACCGGUGCCGUACGACGAUGCCUUGCUGGAGGCGAAGGUACCGCAUCCGCCGGGACUUCACUUUUUCGGGUUCAUCAAGCGCGACUCUGUUCCAGACGAGUAUUUUUGCGGUGACUCGCUGUACCUGCUGGUACACCAAAAGGAAAACACCACCUCCGCCAAGAAACUUGAUGCCCUGGUGCGUGCUCUGGUUGCCUCCGAUCGUGCCAUUCUCUGCUGGAAGAUUUAUAGUAAAGAGCUUAAUACGCCGCGAAUGGUGGUACUGCUGCCUCGGUUGGCGGAUGAUGUGAACCCGGCCUCGCUAUUUAUGCUAGAAGUAUCUUACUCGGGCCAGCACCACUUCUGGGAUUUUCCCGCUUUGCGAACCACCAAGACAGAGUGCAGCGAAGAUCAGUUACAAGCAAUCGAUCGUUUGAUCGACAGCUCCGAUCUAGAGUGCUCGCUGCGGGACAACCAACAACCAAGGCCCUGGCCUCAGAACGAUCUGCUACCAUUCGACGGACUGCCCAGUAUUUUUGAACAGAACUUGAUGGACGUGCUACUGCACCGGGUGCUCCGGAAGAACCAGGACGAAAACGAAGAGCAGUUCCAGAAACUGUUGAAAGAUAAGAGUUUCGCUGAAGUGUUCUGGUCCGUGCCAGAGCCUCUCGAAGAGAAGUCCAAGCAGGCAGCUGCCAACGUAAAACACCUCUUUCCACUCCGCUACAGUCGUGCCUGGCUGGAGAAGCUAAAAGCCAAGGAACAGGAGGAGGAAUCCAAAUUUGUGAAGCCAGAGCCUGUUGAAAAGAAUAUUACGAUGCCUGAAGAGUUGGUGGGUCUAUCCAAUCCUGCCGCAGACUUUAAACGCAUUCUGGAAAUCGUUCGAUCCCAUACCAACGCCACCGAGAAGGAUGCCCGUUUUCAAGCCCUUUCAGCCCAAAUGCGCGUGGUCAUCAUCGCCCUGUUGGAACGAAAGAACCUGAACUUAGAACUCUUGGCCGAAUUAAUCGGCCUCUACAGACAGAGCUGUUUAGAGUUUAACGCUUUUGUGGAAUACGAAAAGUUCGCCGAGGACAUCAAGAAGACGACACUUACAAAGCACCUCAAAGAUUUUUGGGAGAAUGUCAUGGUAGAAAAGCAGUUGGGUCCUCUGGUUCUGGGCGAACCCGAAUUGGAUGAUGAGCUCCACCUAAAUUCCUACUUUACUAUUGAUAAUUGGAACGAUCAGGAAUCGGCCCAAGACUCGUAAACAUUCCACGUAAAGUGAAUGAUAAAUAUAUUGUUGUUGUUCUAUAUUAUGAGAUGAUUCUUACAUACGCUUUUAUUAAAC